AUGGGCGACGGGUCUGACUAUCCUAGCCCAAGAAGUGAAGGUCCCAACGGCGCUCUUGCUGCAUCUAUCCUAGCCUCUACCGCUGAAUCCUCGCCACCAAUUCCCAGAAUGAACGAACCUCAGCCCAUGAACGCCUACACUAUCGAGGGUGCGCGCCCGCGCCUUUCAGUUCGACGCGCCCGCGAUCCUCCCAAGAACUCAGAGGGCCAAAUUUUCUGUGAUCACCCAGAGUGUCAAUCUGCUCCCCCUACUUUCCGCCGUCCGUGCGAAUGGAAUAAACACAUGGACAAGCAUGAUCGCCCUUACAAGUGUUAUGAACCCAACUGUGACAAAAUUCAAGGUUUCACUUACUCUGGCGGUCUUCUCCGUCACCAGCGCGAAGUCCACAAGAAAAACACCGAUACCAAGAAGGCCCUGAUGUGCCCUUAUACCGAUUGCAACCGUAGCACGGGCAACGGUUUCACGCGCCAGGAGAACCUUCGUGAACAUCUCCGUCGACGACACAUGCAUAACGAUGAUAAUUCCUCUGCUUUGGUGGCUGACCUCCCUGCAGGGUGGGAUCGCCCCGACCUGGAGGGAGUUGAUGGUGUCCGUGCCCCCUCCCUUCCCGCGACUGGUAUGAAGCGUCGCCACUCUCCAAACGGAGAUCUUCCUGAGACCGAUGAGAACGGAACUGAACUGCACCACGAAGUGAAGCGACUGCGCCGUGAGGUUCAAGAGAAGGAUCGCCGUCUCGAGGAGCUGGAGCGCAUCGUUGCAGGCCUUCAACAGGCUAUGCCUCACCAAUCUCCUCUUGAGCCAGAUCUCCAAGAACUCUCGCAGCCUGCUCCUCAGCCUGCUGCCGCUACUUCUGUUUAA